AUGACAAGCAAACUAAAUUAUUGGAGGAGAUGGGGGGGUACGCUGAAGAAAAGGAGGGGAAAAAGACUAAAACCAAACUGCUUUGUGGGACGAAUAAAUCUACGCCUCAGGAAUGACAGGGUGGACAGUACAGUACAGUACAUACCGGAGAUGAAGGGCCAGCAGAUGGAGAGGGUGGACAGUACAGUACAUACAGGAGAUGCCCAGCAGAUGGAGAGGGUGGACAGUACAGUACAGUACAUACAGGAGAUGAAGGGCCAGCAGAUGGAGAGGGUGUACAGUACAGUACAGUACAUACAGGAGAUGAAGGGCCAGCAGAUGGAGAGGGUGGACAGUACAGUACAGUACAUACAGGAGAUGAAGGGCCAGCAGAUGGAGAGGGUGGACAGUACUGUACAGUACAUACAGGAGAUGAAGGGCCAGCAGAUGGAGAGGGUGGACAGUACAGUACAGUACAUACAGGAGGCCCAGCAGAUGGAGAGGGUGGACAGUACUGUACAGUACAUACAGGAGAUGAAGGGCCAGCAGAUGGAGAGGGUGGACAGUACAGUACAGUACAUACAGGAGAUGAAGGGCCAGCAGAUGGAGAGGGUGGACAGUACAGUACAGUACAUACAGGAGAUGAAGGGCCAGCAGAUGGAGAGGGUGGACAGUACAGUACAGUACAUACAGGAGAUGAAGGGCCAGCAGAUGGAGAGGGUGGACAGUACAGUACAGUACAUACAGGAGGGCCAGCAGAUGGAGAGGGUGGACAGUACUGUACAGUACAUACAGGAGGCCCAGCAGAUGGAGAGGGUGGACAGUACAGUACAGUACAUACAGGAGGCCCAGCGGAUGGAGAGGGUGGACCGAGGCGGGACAUGAUGAGGGAACAGUGCCUUACCGGGUCUGAGCAGAGCUAUGCAAGAUGGAGGGAAGAGGAAGGCAUCAGCAACACGUCAGCAACACGUCAGCAACACGUCAGCACAUCAUGUGGAGACUGAUACACGGGGGCUGAUGUUUCUGACAUAACGAUGGGAGGCUGUGUGUGUGUGUGUGUGAGUGGUGUGUCUCGGAGACAGCGUGGACGGAGUGUGUGUUGGAGAUAAGACAAGGAGGAAGGAUGAUAGAGAGUGAAGGAGGGAGAGAGGGAGGGAGGGGGAGAGAGAAA